GUGUGUGUGUGUGUUCAGUCUGUGGGGGUUGGGCUGUCUUAUCGCCACAUCUGCGAGCCUGCAAAAGAAGGGAGGAAGUCUGACUGAGUGUUGGCUUCCGGUGUGGGUUAUUGCAAGAGGAAGGGCUGCAUCGUUGGUUGUGGGGGGAGAGGGGGGGGGUCAGUUUCGUGACUCGUCCGUCCUUAUAAAUCUGGAGCUCGUUCGGGCUGAGGGUCCUCCGCUGUCCCCCGCGUCAGGGCUUGACCGCCUUCCCACGGAGCGCCUUGCCAGCUGUGUGAUUGCCCUUGCUCCCUUUCCCGUGCUGCACCUGCUUCCGGCCCCUUUCCGAUGCGUAGGGUCACUUCCUGAACGUCUCUUCCAUGCUCUUCCAGCUCUGUGAGGAUGGGUGACGAGCAAGAAGAUGUUCAGAUUGGGGAGAACAAAUUUAUCAGCAAAAGCACGUUGCUGUCACACCUGAAGACAUACAAUUUGUACUACGAGGGGCAGAACCUUCAGCUCAGACACAGAGAGGAGGAGGGGGAGUUGAUUGUGGAGGGGUUGCUCAACAUCUAUUGGGGUUUGAGGAGGCCAAUCAGGCUUCAGAUGCAGGAUGACAACGAGCGGAUCAGGCCGCCUCCUUCUUCUACAUCCUGGCACUCAGGUUGCAACCUGGACGCACAGAGUACGGACGGCUCCAAGCAGGUGCCCCCCGCCAUCGAGGUGACGUCGUGCGAUGACCAGUUGAACAGCCCCACGGUGAAGGAGGAGGAAAAUGCAGGAGAAGAUGAUGACAGUUCCUCCCAGCUGCUGAGGACCAAAAGUGAUGCUGGGGUGUUUAGGAGAGGCACUCGCCGGUCGCCUAGUGACCAGCGGAAAAUCAGGCGGAACAGAUUUUCCAUCAAUGGCCAUUUCUACAACCACAAGACGGCUGUCUUCACCCCCGCCUACGGCUCAGUGACCAACGUUCGCAUCAACAGUUGCAUGACAACACCCCAGGUCCUCCGGGUCCUGCUGAACAAGUUCAAGAUCGAGAACAGCCCCGACGACUUUGCCCUCUAUCUGGUCCACACCAGCGGUGAGCGCGGGAAACUGAAACGAUCAGAUCACCCUCUGGCGGUUCGAGUUCUGGAGGGCCCAUGUGAACAGGUCAGCCGGAUCUUCCUCAUGGAGCAGGACCUCGGGGAAGAAGUCACCUAUGAUGUGGCACAGUACAUCAAAUUUGAGAUGCCCGUUCUGCAGAGUUUCAUCACCAAGCUGAAAGAGGAAGAGGACAGAGAAGUGCAGAAACUUAGGACCAGGUACGGCACUCUGAGAUGCAUUAUUGAAAAGCAGUUGCAGUGUUUACCCGAGGGCACCACCUGUAUUUGAAUGCCCACAGGACAUAAAAUGCCAUUACUUCCAGGUUUUAAUUUGCAUUCCCACAUCCCCAGCCUCCCCUAUGUUCAUGUCUGAAUUUGCGACCCUUGUAUGCCCAGGGUUACUAGGAUGUAAACAAAAACAAUGCACAAGUGCUUUUAAACAAUUAAUUUUGCACAAGCACAAAUACGUAAUAUCUUAAUUAUGCUUGUGGUGUUUGAUAACAUAUGACUUCAGGAUGAGUUGGUGCCAAAACACCCAACAAAACACGGCUGAGCAAAACUAAAAUAAACAUACAACUCACCCUCCUGACUCCUUGGAGAACUUACAUAAAACAAAAACAAACAUACAGCUCAUCUUCCCGGCUGGCUCCAUGCAGAAAACCAAACAAAACAAAAGAGGCCCCACAGGAGAACGAUACAUCAUAUGAACGAAAAGUGACGCAAAACAAAGGGUCAUACAAACAAAUGUCCAAAGACAGCAGUCUGCCCAGAAUGCCAAGAAAACAAACCAAAAUCCAUGAAUCCAAUCCAAGUCAAAAUCUAAACUGAAAAAAAAGUCGCAAUCUUGAUGUCCCACCCAAAUGAAUGACCAAACCCAACUCUCUCUAUCCUCCUGGUCUGUUAUCUUGAGUAGCGUCCAGAUCUUUCCUUGAGGGAUGCAGGACUUCUUUCCAAUGUCUUCAAAGGCCAUUAGCUCAUAAGAUGUGAAAAGUUUGUCCAGUCAAGGCCCCACAACCAGGGGUUCUAACACAGAGGACUGCCACCCUAUUCCAUCCUGUCUUUGUUUGUCUAUGAUCCGUAAUGUGCUCCCAUGCACCAAUAAGUGAGGAAACCCAACAUGUUAAAUGCGAGUUCCUUUCCCGUGGAGAGUAAAGAGACAAGCUCAUCCAUCUGGAAGACAGCCCUUGGCGUUACAAUAACUUUUGGAGCUGAUCUGAGCCUGAGCCAAUGGACCGGUGGUGCACAGGGAGUUACUGAACCUAAAGUUUCAUUUGUUUUCCUAUUAAACAUGUUGAGAACAUGCACUUACAGAGACUGUUAUUCUGCUGUGGGAACAAUGCAGCCACUCUGGGAUACUGGCUCUGUCUUCCUUUGGAUUUCCGCUGAAUUGCUUCCAUACAAUCCAGGAGAUGGAUUUCUCAGUGUUUCACUCACUGUCUUGAAAGAGGACAAUGGAGCUCCGACAUGCCGUACCUCUCUUAGCAGAAAUCUCCUUACAUUUGAUCUAUUUGCAUCAUGCAUCUGUGUGUUUUGAGCGUGAUCGUACCUUUGCUGGAGUAGGAGAUUGUAAAAGCACAAUUUCUAACAUGUUCUCACACCUACCAGCUGCGACUGUACUCUCCCUGAAGAAGUCUUUCCCUUGAAGAAAGUGACAAAAAGUUAAUGGUACUUCCACAUUCCCCGAAAGGCUGAUAUCAAGUCAUUUCCGGCUGUGUACCUCCUUGCAUUUCAAUAAAUCUGAGCAUAUGUGUGCUUGUCUGUUUGGACAAUGUAUGGAAGCUUCCAGAUGGAAUUUUUGGGGCAAAAGCAGGACUCAGCUAGCUCUUUCUCAAAUCAGUUCAUAUUCUGUUAUCUGUUUCAGUUUAACUCAUAAUUAAUACUCUGUGAUUGAGCUGUUGGUUAUUGAAACCAUAUUACAGUGUAACCUCUAGCACUCCAGACAUAUUGCAUUUAUUUUAGUUGAAUAAUAUGUCAAACUUUAUAACAGUAACAGUGAAAUUGUGUUAUUCUGGCUUUAAAAAUUAAAAAUGUGUCAUUUGAAUUGGUCAUUUAUUAAUAUAUAUUUGAUUACAGUUGAGCAGUUGAGUAAGCAAGGAACUGGUUCAAAAUCAAGAUCAUCCUUGCGACUGUUUUCAAUGCCCACUAAUCCAGGAGAAGGUCACACUGAGCCUGUAACCCUGAGCAGGACGUAGGGGCACCUUCAAUGGGAUUCCUGUCCAUCACCAUUUUGGGCAAUUCAGAGACAAUUCACCUAACUGCAUGUUUUUGGACUGUGAAAGUAAACCCCAGGUAAACAUGGGGAGAACAUGCAAAUUGCACAUUUAUGGAACCUGGACCGGGAAUGAAAACUACAGCCCUGGAAGCAUGCGAGGACAGGGCCUCCUGGAAACUGUUUUCAGUCAAAUUUACUACUCAUUUAAUAUUUUCUAAAAACGGUAAACGAUCACAUAUAGCCGAUUUAUAUAAUCACAGGUUGGAUUCUCCUAAACUAAUGCAAAAUCAGUUUAGCAUUUUAGAGGACGGUGAUUGGUAUGACAUUAUUUUAAACAUGAUUCAGCAAAGUCAGCACAGAUUAAUGAAAAGCUCAGCUACAAAAGUAUUGGCACAGAGUUUUGUCGCUCCGUAAAGGGGCUGAAAAAUAGCUUAAAAUCCUAGCUUAGAUGCCCACUUUUGGAUUCUUUUAAAAGGUUAUUGUUCAUUCCUUUCAAAGGUCUGACAUCCCAGAACAGCUUCAAAUGGUUGUAUGUGUGUAUUUUUAUGGACUUGAUAUGUAAUCUCAUGCCACUUUAUGUUUGAGUUGGAUUAUUUCAAAUGUGAAAUCAUCAUUAUGUAUGUUUAAAGAGCAGGGAAACCUUUGUGGAAACUCUUGAUUAUGAAUGUGUAUGCAGCAUACUGAAAUUGGAUUUGUUUGAUGGAAGAUGAUUAUUUAAUAAAAAUCUUGGAUUUUC